UAAAUGCUUACAACAAGGAUCAUUCGGCCCGAACAUUAUAACUAGUAUUUGAGAAUGAGUACAAGUAGUCAUAGUUCAGCGCCCAUGUAUUGAGCGCCUUUAUCGCAACCACGGUGUCAAAUCAAUUGGCUCGACCGGAGGAGAUAAUGUUGUUUCUUCAGACUGCAUAUGUCGCUGGGGCUCUGCUAGUCGCCAGCGCUUCAGCAUCAUCAUGCUGCAAUCGACUUGAGAAACGACUAGGCAGUUCGGUCAGCUUCCCAAAGGAUGUGGACUACAAUGCCACGAUGUCUGGCUACUGGUCGAUACAGGAGUCUUCGCUUCAACCAGCCUGUGUGCUGCAGCCCAGGACAGCUCGAGAUGUUUCAAAGGCCCUCAAGAUCAUCAGCAAGCACGGCAAUUGUCACUUUGCAAUCAAAGGGCAUGGUCAUGCCCCUGCAGCAGGCUUCGCCAAUGUAGAUGGUGGCGUCACCAUUGACAUGACAUCCAUGUCAUCGGUUUCUCUUCAUGAAGGCCAGUCGAUUGCGCGUGUCGAGGCUGGAGCAAAGUGGCUUGACGUCUACCAGCACCUUGACGGGUCCGGAGUCCAGGUGGCGGGAGGACGCAACGGGAAUGUCGGCGUAGGAGGACUUCUCGUUGGCGGAGGAAUAUCGCACUUCACCACCAAACAUGGAUGGGCUUGUGACGCCGUUGUGAACUACGAGGUUGUCCUUGCAAAUGGCUCACUUGUGAACGCCAACAAGCGCUGCAACCGAGACUUGUUCCUGGCUUUGAAGGGGGGAGGCAACAAUUUCGGAGUCGUCACUCGAUACGACCUUGCAACCUUCCCACUGGGCGACAUAUCCACGACGUCGAUCUCGUACGACAUAUCCCAAAGGGGCAAAGUCUUUCAAGCCUUCACUGACUUGCUUGACUCGUCGCGAUACGAUCCUCUGGCGUCCUUGGUUACCAGCCUCCUCUACAGAUCGACAUCCAAGGCGUGGACGCUGGCAUCCUCAGCUGUGUACACCAAGCCCGUCUCCGAGCCUGCGGUAUUUGCCAAUCUCUCCGCGGUUCCGCACGAAUCCCUCGUUCGCAACAUCACGUCCCUGGCAACCUUUGCAGAUGAAUCAGACACGCCACCAUUGAACUGGCUCUUCGCCACAGUCACACUGAAGCCGUCGGCUCAGUACAUGCAAGACAUGUUCGAUAUGCUGAAUAACACAGUAUCGUCCUUCAACCCAGAAGGUGGCGUGACAUGGAGCGUCGCCCUCGAGCCCCUGGUCGCAGCCAUGUUGAAGAGUCCCAAAGACGCGAAUGUCCUUGGACUCGAAACAGCCCAAGACGGCUUCAUUGUUUUGAUCUCCGCCCUGUGGCCGAACUCGGCAGUCAAUGCGGAGGUCGAGGCAGCAGCCCGCUCGGUCACCUCCGCAUGGGAAACCGGUGCCGACGCAAAGGGACUGUUACAGGGCUUCCAGUAUCUCAAUUAUGCCGCGCCGUCCCAAGAACCACUGCGGUCCUACGGCAAAGACAACUUUGAGUUUCUGGCGUCAGUCAGCCAGAAAUAUGACCAUGCACAGGUCUUGCAGAAGAGGGUUGGGGGUUUCAAGCUCUCGUCCUAGGCUGGGACCAAUUUGA